AAUUUUCAGUUGUGCGCGCUUAGCUUGCCCGCCGUUAGGGCCGCUCCAGUUCUCCCGGUUCCUUGCGUUGAGGGCAGAGGACGUUCUCGAGAAGGACGAACAGCGCUACAAAUCGCAGAUUCGAGGCUCCAAAGCUGCCAUGAACGCCGCUCGCGCUGUGACCACGGUCGCCCGACGGGCCCCGCAGUUGACGACCACGGCUGUAGCCCCGGCCAGGAAGUACAGGACGCUGGCCCAAAUCAAGGAGCUGCAGAAGCAGUUCAGCAAGGACGAUGGCGUGCCAGUCUACCUGAAGGGGGGUCCAUUCGACCAGGUCUUGUAUCGAUUCACUCUCGGAUUGACCGUGGUCAGCCUCAGCAUGUGUUUCUACAACGUGUAUCGGCUGAUUUACAGGCAGGCAAAGUGAGGCCUGCACGGUGUGCGCCUUGGCGUUCUCAAAUGAGUGGCGAAAUCUAGGCUAAAUAAAAUUCAAUCCAUGUCUUCA